UCCCCGGGCUUCCGCGGUGCCGGCACUUCUUCAGCUGUGCGAACUGGGGAUUUUGUGGUGUCCUCGGCCCUGCCCAGGCUGUCUGCGAAGCCGUCCGGGCCCGGCAGUGGCCCCCGAGUCCCACUGUCCCUAUCGCUUGCCGCCAGCAAGCAGGCCAGAGCCGCUCCCUCGCGGGGACAAAGUCUCCUCAGGGCCAUGUCCAGGCCGAGCAGCGUCUCCCCGCGGCCCCCGGCUCCUGGCGGCGGCGGAGGGACUGGCCCUUCACAGUGUGGCCCUGGGGGUGGCGGCCGGGCCAAGGGGCUGAAAGACAUUCGUAUCGAUGAGGAGGUGAAGAUUGCAGUCAAUAUCGCCCUGGAGCGCUUCCGAUACGGGGACCAGAGAGAAAUGGAAUUUCCUUCUUCUUUGACCAGUACUGAAAGAGCUUUUAUUCAUCGAUUGAGUCAGUCUCUUGGUUUGGUCUCUAAAAGUAAAGGAAAGGGAGCAAAUAGAUACCUAACUGUGAAGAAGAAAGAUGGAUCAGAAACAGCUCAUGCAAUGAUGACCUGUAAUUUGACUCAUAAUACAAAACAUGCUGUUAGGAGCCUAAUUCAAAGAUUUCCUGUCACCAAUAAAGAGCGUACUGAACUUCUGCCUAAAACAGAAAGAGGAAAUGUGUUUGCAGUUGAAGCUGAAAACCGGGAAAUGAGCAAGACCAGUGGGCGACUCAACAAUGGCAUACCUCAGAUUCCAGUAAAAAGAGGAGAAUCUGAAUUUGAUUCUUUUAGGCAAUCUCUGCCGGUGUUUGAGAAACAAGAAGAAAUUGUUAAAAUAAUUAAGGAAAAUAAAGUCGUUUUGAUUGUGGGAGAAACUGGAUCUGGAAAAACCACACAGAUUCCUCAGUUCCUUUUAGAUGAUUGUUUCAAAAAUGGUAUCCCUUGCCGUAUAUUUUGUACUCAACCAAGACGAUUAGCAGCUAUUGCAGUGGCUGAAAGAGUUGCUGCAGAGAGAAGAGAAAGGAUUGGUCAAACAAUUGGGUAUCAGAUCCGAUUGGAAAGCAGGGUUUCUCCAAAGACACUUCUGACAUUUUGCACUAAUGGGGUAUUGCUUCGCACAUUGAUGGCAGGAGAUAGUACAUUGUCAACAGUGACACAUGUUAUUGUGGAUGAAGUCCAUGAAAGAGAUCGAUUUAGUGAUUUUUUACUUACAAAGUUAAGAGAUUUGCUGCAAAAGCACCCAACUUUGAAACUGAUUCUUUCUAGUGCUGCAUUGGAUGUAAAUCUCUUUAUAAGAUAUUUUGGAAGUUGUCCAGUGAUAUAUAUACAGGGAAGACCAUUUGAAGUAAAAGAAAUGUUUCUGGAAGACAUUUUAAGAACUACUGGAUACACAAACAAAGAAAUGUUAAAGUACAAAAAAGAAAAGCAGCGAGAAGAAAAACAACAAACCACACUUACAGAAUGGUACUCAGCUCAAGAGAAUACUUUCAAGUCUGAGUCUCAGAGGCAGAGAACUGUUACAAGUGUAACAGAAGAAUAUGAUUUAUUGGAUGAUGGUGGUGAUGCUGUCUUCAGUCAGUUGACAGAAAAAGAUGUGAAUUGCCUUGAACCAUGGUUAAUAAAGGAAAUGGAUGCUUGUCUUUCUGAUAUAUGGCUACAUAAAGAUGUUGAUGCCUUUGCUCAGGUCUUUCACCUUAUUUUAACUGAAAAUGUUAGUGUUGAUUACAGACACAGUGAAACCAGUGCAUCAGCCCUAAUGGUUGCUGCAGGACGAGGUUUCUCAAGUCAAGUAGAACAAUUAAUUAGCAUGGGAGCCAAUGUCCAUAGUAAAGCAUCAAAUGGCUGGAUGGCUUUAGAUUGGGCUAAACACUUUGGGCAGACUGAAAUUGUGGAUCUUCUAGAAUCUUACAGUGCUUCAUUGGAAUUUGGAAAUCUAGAUGAAAGUUCUUUGGUUCAAACAAAUGGAAGUGACCUCAGUGCAGAAGACAGAGAACUCUUGAAAGCUUACCAUCAUACUUUUGAUGAUGAAAAAGUAGACUUGGAUUUGAUCAUGCAUCUUCUGUACAAUAUCUGCCAUGGUUGUGAUGCUGGUGCAAUAUUAAUUUUCCUACCUGGAUAUGAUGAAAUUGUUGGAUUGAGGGAUCGCAUCCUGUUUGAUGACAAGCGGUUUGCUGAAAAUACACAUAGAUAUCAGGUCUUUAUGCUUCAUUCAAAUGUGCAAACGUCUGAUCAAAAGAAGGUAUUAAAAAAUCCACCUGCAGGUGUUCGAAAAAUAAUCCUUUCCACCAAUAUUGCUGAAACCAGCAUCACAGUCAAUGAUGUUGUUUUUGUUAUCGAUUCUGGUAAGGUGAAAGAGAAGUCAUUUGAUGCACUGAAUUCUGUUACAAUGUUAAAAAUGGUGUGGAUUUCCAAAGCUAGUGCCAUACAACGAAAAGGAAGGGCGGGGAGAUGUAGACCUGGAAUCUGUUUUCGCCUAUUCAGUAGACUCCGAUUCCAGAAUAUGUUGGAAUUUCAGACUCCAGAACUUUUGAGAAUGCCAUUACAGGAACUUUGUUUACAUACCAAGCUGCUAGCCCCAAUUAAUUGUCCCAUUGCUGAUUUCCUUAUGAAAGCUCCUGAACCUCCACCAGCUUUAAUUGUAAGAAAUGCUGUACAGAUGCUUAAGACGAUAGAUGCAAUGGAUGCAUGGGAAGAUCUGACUGAACUUGGGUAUCAUUUGGCUGACUUGCCAGUAGAACCACAUCUUGGUAAAAUGGUCCUGUGUGCUGUUGUUUUAAAGUGUCUGGAUCCCAUCCUUACUAUUGCUUGUACACUAGCCUAUCGAGAUCCUUUUGUACUGCCUACCCAGGCCUCUCAAAAACGUGCAGCUAUGCUUUGUAGGAAACGUUUCUCUGCAGGAACUUUCAGUGACCAUAUGGCACUUCUCAGGGCAUUCCAGGCAUGGCAGAAAGCACGAAGUGAUGGGUGGGAGAGAGCCUUUUGUGAAAAGAAUUUUCUUUCACAAGCUACCCUGGAAAUAAUCAUAGGCAUGCGAGCUCAGUUGCUCGGUCACCUUAGAGCCUCAGGUUUUGUUAGAGCACGAGGUGGUGGUGACAUUCGAGAUGUUAACACAAACUCCGAGAACUGGGCUGUGGUUAAAGCUGCAUUGGUGGCGGGCAUGUAUCCUAAUUUAGUCCAUGUGGACAGAGAGAAUGUAGUAUUGACAGGGCCUAAGGAGAAAAAAGUACGGUUUCAUCCCACUUCAGUACUCAGUCAGCCUCAAUAUAAAAAGAUCCCACCAGCCAGUGGUCAAGCUGCAGCAAUUCAGGCACUGCCCACAGAUUGGCUUAUUUAUGAUGAAAUGACAAGAGCCCAUAGAAUAGCUAAUAUCAGAUGUUGUUCGGCAGUGACACCUGUCACCGUAUUGGUAUUCUGUGGACCAGCUAGGCUGGCAAGUAAUGCUCUUCAGGAACCUUUGUCCUUUAGAGCGGAUGGUAUUCCUGAUGACAGUAGUGAUAGUGAAAUGGAGGAUAGAACUACUGCUAAUUUGGCUGCUUUGAAACUUGAUGACUGGCUCAAUUUCAAACUGGAUCCAGAGGCAGCCAGUUUAUUGCUGCAGCUCAGACAGAAGUGGCAUAGCUUAUUUUUACGCCGAAUGAGAGCUCCAUCUAAACCUUGGUCUCAAGUUGAUGAAGCUACUAUAAGAGCAAUUAUUGCUGUCUUAAGCACUGAAGAACAAUCUGCAGGUUUACAGCAACCAUCAGGAAUUGGCCAAAGGCCAAGGCCUAUGUCUUCAGAAGAACUUCCUUUGACAUCAUCUUGGAGGUCAAAUAAUAGUAGAAAAAGUUCAGCAGAUACUGAGUUUUCUGAUGAGACUACUACUGCAGAAAGAAUCACAAAAAAUUUAUCUACAAAGAUGCCAAAAUAGAAAAAGAGAGCUUCACAAUCCAGCUUUACUAGAUUACCAAACAUUCCUUUACCCAUGUAUUAUUUCUGUACCUUUGAAACAUUUGAAAAAUACUUUUCUGUGAACUUCUAGGCCAAUAGGGAAUGAGCACCUUUAAAUACAUUACAGUUAUUUUUAGUAGAAUUUGGCAUCCGUCUUCCAUUAACAGUUACUGAAUGUUUCAAAUGGACCUUAAAAGAAGGCUGCCACUUUUCAUCUCUUGAGCCUCUUCAAGGUUCUGAAUGCUCUGUAUCAAUCUAUCUUUUGAAGUUCCUAUCUUUAGAAUUGUUUCUCUGUCCAUUUAGCAAUAUGUCUGGAGAUGAGGAUGUAGCACGUAAGUGAUACCCAUCUUAAGGAUCCUUUUUGUGGAUUUGGCUUCAUUCGUUCUUUAUCCACCUCCUCCUGAAGUUAUAAUGCUAAUAACCUGUCCUGUUCUUCUUCUUUAUAUCUCUCAAAAAGCAGAUGCUCCAACUCUUUCAGCUUUUGGGUAAAGUUGAUUUCUCUUUCCUUUUGGUCUGAGGAAGCUUUGGGAAAUAUUUUUCUUCUUUUUGAAGAAAAGCAUGAAUCCCUAAAAGCUUCUAAAGAAGAUUCCUUGGUUUUUCUUUUGGAAAGAUCAUUAAUGAUCAGUAGGCUAGUCUCUUCAUUUUUUGUCUCAACUGUGUUGUCCCCAGUUAUCUGUGUCAUACCAGAUAUACUGCACCCAAUUGCUGUUUUACCACAAGACCUAACUGCAGCUUCUAUAGAGUAGGGAACUCUGAUUUUAGGUCCCUCAUGAUUUACAACACGUUACUCUUCAUCAUGAUUGCUUGCUCUUAUUUUGUCUUCUCCUUCAAGGCAUAGGCAUUCUGUACCAUAGGCACUUAAUUGAGGCAUAGGUGAUUUUAUUAAAAACUUUGCACCUUGUUCUGUGAAGAAAGUGCUGGCAUAUCUUGAAUUUCUGUGUCUUGCCACAUAGGGCUCUUCACAUUACUACUGUCAAUUUCCUUAGACAUGGAGUUUUUCCUGCUGUCUUGUACAAUUUCAGACUGUGACGCUGAUCCAAAUUGAGAUUUAGGUGACAAAUACCUCCUCAUGGGUCACACUUUGUACCUCACCUUAUGGAGCCUGUUGGGACUUCAGUCUAGUUAUAGGUUUCUGAAUAUCUCCGGUGUUUCUUUGUUUGUUCUUAUUUUUCUUUUGUGACUUGGUUGUGGUGGAAUCAGAUUUUCUGGAAUUCAAGGAAGAAGCCAAGAUAUUUUCUUUAUAGAAAUUGUUAACAUUAAUGCUUAGUUUUCUUGCCAGUUCUUCAUUACUUUUCAAUUGUUCUUCUAUCAUUGCCUUUUUUCUUCUGUUUUCCUCUUCGUCGUCCUCUGCCAAUGAACUUUGUAUGUAUUCUUCACUGGCUUUGUUUUCUUCUUCCUCAUUGGCUCCUCACUCUGCUUCCACCUUGCUUAUCUUUUCUUCAUAUUCUCUUCUCAGUUCCCCAGGUUUACUUAACAGAUGAACUGACUGAUAGUCAUCAACUCUGAAACUUUUAUCAUAAUCCACUUAAACUCUAUUUAAUAUUGCUUUCUUGCAGUAGGUGUUCUUCCUAGGCAGCCAGGAUUCAUUAAAGUAAAUUUAUCUUAGUAGGUUUUAUUUUAUUCUAUUCAGUACAGAGACAUCCCACAUUCCCAGUGCAGAUCCUGGACUGUCCUGGAGGGAGCAGAGUAACCCUUGUGCACAUACUGGGAGCAUAUAUGUCUGGUCAGUCUGCCUGGUGGUGGUCUGAGGGACUCACCGUCCCAGAGUUUGUCCUGCUUGUAGAAGGUGGUUUACAAAAUCUCUUAUAGAACACUGUGGGAAAGCAGUCUAGUGGCUGCUUGGGGCAGGGGAUUGUUGGUUGUAGUCACAUAGUGCAGUGUCUGGGACUGUGAGGAACCCUGAUGCUCUAAGUUUGCAUUCUUUUGGGUAGUGUUUCUGAAUUAUCUUCCACAGUUCCAUAUUGACUAGAGAAUUUCUUUGGUUAUGAUACUCGGUCCACGAAGAGACCCGGUGGCGACAGAAGGGACAGCACAAAUUUGCCUUUUCAACAGUGGAUUGGAAGUGUGGAUUACAAAGCUGUGUGGUUACCAGGGAGGGUUAUGACUUGAUUAGGUUUCCACACAGAUCCAGCACUGGCAUUCCGACAACGAAGGGAUGGGGUCUUUAGGUACAGCCAUUUUAAUAUGCUAAUGAGGCCUAUUCGAUAACAGCAUUGGGUGGGGAUGCUCCCCUUAGCUUGGGAAGCUAAGCCUAAGGCAGCCAAGGCACAAAGCCACAGGGCCACUGCUGCAGGAAGAACGCUGCUUCUGCCAGGAUGCCUGGCUCUUGGUAGAGUAUAGCUUCCCUUUUUGCCUUUGUGGGGGCAGCCUGUAAGCUCCCGUGUUCCUAGUGUUUUCUUUUGAUCAGAUGUUUGCAUAUUUGAAUGAAGUAUAAAGCAUUUGAAUGAAGUUAAGACUUCAGUUAAAGAGGAAUAAUACAUACUGAUCUCCAAGUUCUUUAGAUACAUUUAGGAAUCAUCCAACUAUUUGCCAAGAAAAUCUCAUAAUGUGUAUGCCUGAACCUUUGUCUCAGUGUAGAACUGCUGUGUGAAAGGAGAAGAGGAAAAAAAUGUUUUCUGCUUAAACACUCCCAACUUUUUGAAAAAAUUGUUCCAAAAUUUUGUUUAAACAUUGUUUGCAUAGAAAGUGGGAAUACAUUUCCAUAGAAACUGUUCUGGGGUAGUGCUAUUUCUAGACCAGGCUAUAAAAAAACUAUUAGAUCCAUAAUAAGACUGUCCCCAUGUGUGUGUUUAUAUAAAUGCGCGCAUGUGUGUGUG